AUGGCUUCCCUCCAAAACCGCAACUCUGAAAGCCAAAUUCCGGCUGAGCUCCUUACAGCCCGCAUUAUGCAAAUCCAUGCCAGCAUUUCGAAACUUGAGUCUCUGAAGCCUUCAAAGCAAGUCAAUAGCCUCUUCACUCAACUUGUGAAACUAUGUACCCUCAAUUCAUCCAUAGACGUUAAAGCCUUGUCCCCAGAAGUUCAAAAAAUGCGCCAAAGUCUCACACUUCUAUGUGGCCGAGCUGAAGGUUUAUUGGAGCUAGAGUUUGCAUCAUUCAUAACCAAAAUCCCCCAACCUCUAAACAAUCUCAAUCUCUUUCCUUAUUAUGGAAAUUAUGUGAAGCUAGCACACCUAGAAUGCACAAUCCUCUCUCAGAAUGGAGUGGUGCAACCAAAGAAGGUAGCCUUUGUGGCUUCGGGUCCAAUGCCUCUAACAUCUCUUAUAAUGGCUUCACAUCACAUGAAAUCCACACACUUUGAUAACUUUGAUAUGGAUGAGGCGGCCAAUCAUGUGGCUCGGAAAAUUGUGUCUUCUGAUGCCGAGUUUGAAAAGAGGAUGAAAUUUCAUACUUGUGACAUAAUGGAAGUGAAGGAGAAGCUAGGAGAAUAUGAUUGCAUAUUCUUGGCAGCUCUUGUUGGAAUGAGUAAAGAAGAGAAAGUGAAGAUUCUUGGACAUAUUAGGAAGUACAUGAAGGAUGGAGGAGUUUUGCUAGUGAGAAGUGCAAAUGGAGCAAGAGCAUUUUUGUACCCAGUUGUUGAGGAGAAUGAAUUGAUGGAGUUUGAAGUUCUCUCCAUAUUCCAUCCAACAAAUGAUGUGAUCAACUCAGUCGUUCUCGUUCGCAAGCCAAUCUUUUAAACAAGAGAAGGAUAAUUUGCUUUCUUUAAUAAGAUUGCCAGCUACAAUAUUGGCUUCGUGUGUUUUUA